AUGAAGGUCUUUAUCCUCGCCUGCCUUGUGGCUCUUGCUCUUGCAAGGGAGACUUCAGAGAGCCUUUCAAGCAGUGAGGAAUCUAUUACACAUAUCAAGCAGAAGCUUGAGAAGGUUAAGCACGAGGAACAACAACAAAGAGAGGAAGAAUGCCAAAAUAAAAUCCACCCCAUUGCCCAGCCACAGCUUCCUUAUGCUCAGCCCAUGCCUUCCACUCUCCUUCCACAAAACGCCCUGUCUCUUUCUCAGCUAGCUAUGGUGCUGUCUCUCCUUCAGCCUGAGAUAGCAGAAAUCCCCAAAGCUAAAGAGACCAUUCUUUCUAAGCCCAAACUGAUGCCCGUCCUUAAAUCACCAACAGCACUCCCUUCUUUUGUCCCUCAAAUCCCAAGUCUCACUAACCUCGAAAAUCAGCACCUCCCUCUGCCUCAGCUCCAGCCUGUGGUGCAUCAGGUCCCCCAGGCUUUUCCUCAGACUCCCGUGCUUCUUCCUCAGUCCCAGGUGCCUAUCCCUCAGUCCAAAAUUCUGCCCUUGCCCCAGCAAGCAGUGCCCCAGAGAGAGAUGCCUGUCCAAGCCUUUCUGGAGUACCAAGAUCUUCUGUUCGAUCCUACUCGCCCAUUCUACCCUGUGACUGACCCACUUGUCCCAGUUUACAACCCCGUUGUUGUUUAUAGUGUCCCUGAAGGUCUCCAGUGCCUCACCUUUAAAGGGAAGAACAAUAUUAACAGCACCCGAUACGAACAAUAUGCAGCCUUACACCAAAAAACCCCUAUUGAAACCUUAACAGAUUUGUCAUAA